CUGGGUCUAAGCUGGCAAGCGAUGGACCAUCGGAAAGCCAGGGUCCUCUCAGCUGGCCACUGCUGCCCCUCCCUGCGAAAGUGGGCCUCGCAGGCUGGCAGCAUGGGGCUCUCUGUGCCGCCCUGCAUCAGCAGGAGCUCAGCCAUGGUGAAUGAGGUGGGCAGGAGUGAUGGCCCCAACCCCCGCUCCGAGGGCAGCAGCAGCAGUGGCAGCGAGAGCUCCAGAAACAGUUCAAGAUGUUCUACACCAGGCCUGGACCCCGAUCGGUACGAGAAACUCCGGGACAAGAUGAAGCGGAGGAUGGACUCUGGUGACAAAUGGUUCUCCCUGGAAUUCUUCCCUCCCCGAACCGCUCAGGGAGCUGUCAACCUGAUCUCAAGGUUUGACCGGAUGGCCACAGGUGGCCCCCUCUUCAUCGAUGUGACCUGGCACCCUGCAGGGGACCCUGGCUCAGACAAGGAGACCUCCUCCAUGAUGAUUGCCAGCACGGCAGUGAACUACUGCGGCCUGGAGACCAUCCUGCACAUGACCUGCUGCCGCCAGCGCCAGGAGGAGAUCACCCGCCAUCUGCACAAAGCCAAGCAGCUAGGCCUGAAGAACAUCUUGGCACUGAGGGGAGACCCCAUAGGUGACCGGUGGGAGGCAGAGGAAGGAGGUUUCAACUGUGCAGCAGACCUGGUGAGGCACAUCCGAAGCGAGUUUGGGGACUACUUUGACAUCUGCGUGGCAGGUUACCCCAAAGGCCACCCUGAGGCAGCGAGCUUUGAGGAUGACCUAAGGCACCUGAAGGAGAAGGUGUCUGCGGGCGCCGACUUCAUCAUCACGCAGCUCUUCUUCGAGGCUGACACCUUCUUCCGCUUCAUCAAGGCCUGCACGGACAUGGGCAUCACCUGCCCCAUUCUCCCUGGCAUCUUUCCCAUCCAGGGCUACUCCUCCCUUCGGCAGCUGGUGAAGCUGUCCAAGCUGCAAGUGCCCCAGAAGAUCAAGGACGUGAUUGAGCCCAUCAAGGACAAUGACGCUGCCAUUCGCAACUAUGGCAUUGAGUUGGCGGUGAGCCUGUGCCGGGAGCUGCUGGCCAGUGGCCUGGUGCCAGGCCUCCACUUCUACACCCUCAACCGCGAGAUGGCCACCACCGAGGUGCUAAGGCGCCUGGGCAUGUGGAAUGAGGACCCCAGGCGCCCCCUGCCCUGGGCUGUCAGCGCCCACCCUAAGCGCCGGGAGGAGGAUGUGCGCCCCAUUUUCUGGGCCUCCAGACCAAAGAGCUACAUCUACCGCACCCAGGACUGGGAUGAGUUUCCCAAUGGCCGUUGGGGUAACUCCUCCUCACCAGCCUUCGGGGAGCUGAAGGAUUACUACCUCUUCUACCUGAAAAGCAAGUCCCCCGCCGAGGAGCUGCUGAAAAUGUGGGGGGAGGAGCUCACCAGCGAAGAGAGCGUCUUCCAAGUCUUUGCACACUACCUGUCAGGAGAGCCCAACCAGCAGGGCCACAGGGUGACAUGUCUGCCCUGGAAUGACGAGCCCCUGGCUGCCGAGACCAGCCUGAUGAAGGAAGAACUGCUACGCGUGAACCGCCAGGGCAUCCUCACCAUCAACUCCCAGCCCAACAUCAACGGAAAGCCAUCUUCUGACCCCAUCGUGGGCUGGGGUCCCAGCGGGGGCUAUGUCUUCCAGAAGGCUUACCUAGAGUUCUUCACUUCCCGAGAGACAGUGGAGGCGCUUCUGCAAGUGCUGAAGAAGUACGAGCUCCGGGUCAAUUACCAUAUCGUGGAUGUGAAGGGUGAGAACAUAACCAACGCCCCUGAGCUGCAGCCCAAUGCCGUCACAUGGGGCAUCUUCCCUGGCCGGGAGAUCAUCCAACCCACCGUGGUGGAUCCUGUCAGCUUCAUGUUCUGGAAGGAUGAGGCCUUCGCCUUGUGGAUUGAGCAGUGGGGAAAGCUGUACGAUGAGGAGUCCCCGUCCCGCGCCAUCAUCCAGUACAUCCACGACAACUACUUCCUGGUCAACCUGGUGGACAACGAGUUCCCACUGGACAACUGCCUGUGGCAGGUAGUAGAAGACACAUUCGAGCUGCUCACCAGGCCCCCCAAGCGCGACGGGGAUGUGGAGGCCCCCUGAGCCUGACAUCCUUCACUGUGCCCACCCACCUUUCCCACUGUCCUCCGGGCCUGGUUCUCCCCAGGGGGUAAUGGCAGCGAGGCCAGCAGGAGGCGUCUGGGCUCUGGCUGGACCAGAGUCAGCCCCACGUGGGAGCCUGGCGCUCUCUCUGAGAGAGCGUGCUCGGGGUCGGGAGCACACUGCCCUCCCUGCCUCACAGCAGGGCAGCCUCCGGAGCUAACAAAGGACCCUGGUGAACUUGCACUUGGAGCCCUCAUGGGACGGGCAGUGAACUCGAUGAACUCAACGGGGACUCGCAGCACUGACGACGACAUGGCAGAGUGAAGGUGCCACAUCGUCCCACUGAGGUGGGAGGGGCAGGCCACUGCCCGCCUCCCUGCGUGGCUGACAGGCGCCAGACCUCAUCACCCAAGCGUUCCCUCAGCUGCCGUCCCCCCAGCCCCAGGCCUGCCCCUUAACGUGGCUUCUCUGUUCCGAUGGCUGCAUGGAAAAGCACCCCUGUGGUGAAAGGCCAGCCCAGCCCUCCUGCUUCCCUCCACCCCUCAGCUCUCAGGCAGGUCCCGGCCAUGUCCCAGCUGGCCUUCCUAAUGCCAGCUGCCGGCCCUCCUCUCAGUCCCGCACUCCUCCCAGGACCCAGCCCUCAGGUCCUGCUGCCCGGGGCAGUGGCCAGCAAGUGCAUCCGGCUGCUCUUCCUUGGCUCCUGGCCUGCUGGCCUUGGCAGGAAGGAGCCCCGCACACGGACGCGGGUGUCAGGACGGCUGAGUCACGCAGCCUUCAGGGGACACAGCAGAAGCAGCCUUUUAUUGUCCCCCAGAGCCGUCCCUCUCCCGCUGCACUCGUGGGGUAGGAGUCUUUGGGGGGCCCUGAGGGACCUGGGCCUCAGUGCUGCGCAUCACUCCACAGGCACCAGUCACGGGCUGCAGCCCGGCCCUUUGUUCUGCCCCAUGCUCACCACAGCCGGGGGCCUGGGCACUCAGGGAGCGGCUGCGGCUGCGUCUCCUGGCUGUCACACACUGGUACCACUGUUUAAAGGCCUGGUACCCAGGGAGGGACAGAAAAGGCUAUUUGGCCCCCCUCAAGGCCUGGCAUUGGCCUGCCAGGGUGCCACCUGUGCCCAGCUCAUGUCCCCCCCAGAGGCCGCUCCCCCCGCCCGGGCAGCCUGCCUGCCCUUCCCCAGGGAAAAUGCAGAGUCUCAGAAUAGAUCUGACUUGUGACCUGGAAGCUGUGCCUGCAGAGCCCCAAACAAGGGGACCCAGCCCCCCGGGGCUGCGAUGAGAGGCCAGGGAUCCGAGCCGAGCCUUCCUGCUCCUAGAUGGAGCAGCACCAGUCACAGCCAAGGCUCAACAUCUGCCUGUUCUGUAAUCCAACUGAUCCCCUCCCUGGGGUGGCCACCGCGGAGACCCCUGACCCAGGAACCAGAGGCGGCGGGGGACAAGAUGGGGUGACGGAGCUGGUACCUGGGAGAGGACCCAGCGCUCCUCUUCCUGCCGCAGCCGCUGAGCCACGCGCAGGCGCACCACGCUCCGCCGCCACGUCCUCCAGGCUGGCCACAGGUGCCACUGCCUGAGCUAGGGGCACGGGCGACAGGUGAGGGGGAGGUGCUGUCGGCAGGGUUAGGCUGAGGGGUGAUGUGCCCGGGGGCCUCCAAGCCCACUCACCAGGGCCCGGGACAGCUGCUCCACCCCUCUAGCGUCCACCCAGCGCUGCCAUGUCAGUGCCAGGCGCCUGGCCUGCCGCGAAGCCUGGAACCUGUGAAGCAGAGUCUCCAGACGCCAGCGCGGCACGGCCUUCCUCCUGGGGGCAAGGGCAUCGGGACCUCUUCAAGGCCAAGGGGAGGGGCGGUGCUCCAGCACUGACCAGGGAGUGCUCCCCCCCCCACCCGUUCUUACCCCAGUCGCCUCCAGGGGCCCUGGCCAUGGAGAGCCCUGCCUGCAGAGCUGCAGAGCCCGCCUGGGCCAGAAGGGGGCAGCUCAGGGGCGCUGCUGUCCCAUCCAGGCCGCUCCAGCCAGAGCUGGGAGGCGGGGCAGAGGGGCAGCUCUCUGCCACCUGGAACGGAAGGGGUUGGGUUGGGAGAGGGCCGCCUCCCCCCCUCACACACACACCCUGAGUGAUAAUACACGAGAGAGGAAUUGUCUGCAAACCCCCAGAAAGAAGAGGCAGUGGGUGGGAGCACGUUGGGCUCACCUGAGAGCGGGCGGCUGCUCUCAGCCCGGGACCUGCCCCUCCGGGGCCUCUGUCCAGCACAGGGAGGCUGCUGGGUUGGCCAGGGCAGUGCAGGCGCUGUGGCCCGUGUCCAGCAGCUGUGGGUCUGCAGGGAGAGCCAGCAGGGGAGAUCUGAACCUCCCAGGGCUUGCUGACCACUUAGAGCCCAAGGGGGGGGGGCUUUGCCCUGCCUGCCCCCUCCCCCCACCCCCAGCUUUACAAAGCUGGCUUUGCUGAGGCUUCUCCUCAAAAAUGGUGGAGCCUCAGCCCCCCCCCCCCCCCAGCACCUACAACACACAGGCCAGGGGCUCUAGGGGACUCAGUGACAUGAACUGCCAAGCAAGGGUGGGCACGUGGGCCUGUGGUAGAGCAGGAGCAAGAAUUAAGUAAUAUGUAUAUGUGUGUUGUGUAUGUUUGUGUAUAUAUGUAUAUAGACGUGGCACAUGGGCAUAGCAAUACAGAACUAUAAUCCUGGCACAGAAAAGGCUGAAACAGGUUUGUGAGUUUUGAGGCCAACUUGGGCUACCCAGUCAGAUCCU